GCGGCCCCCGGUUCCUGGACGGCUUCGCCCCCUGCGGCAUGGAUGUGGGCGCCCUCCCUUCAGGCCAGAUCGCAGCUCCGCGGGCCCUGAGCAGGGGCUCUCCCCAUCAGCUGUCCCCUCGCCUCUGCCCGGUGUUCACCCUUCCAGUAUGUUCCUUUUCAUGAGGCAUCUCCCAGCGCCCAGAGCUUCAGUACAAUGUGCAAAUGGAGACUGAUACAGGGUGCCGCAGCCUUUGCCCACCUGCCUUCCUCCUCCUCCUCCUCCUCUUCCUCCUCUUGCUCCAGCCGGGGCCAACGCCGCCGCCGCUGCUGCUGCUGCUUCGUCCUGCUGCUCUUCUUCGUCAUGUCGUCUGUGGCCGCCCCCUGCCCGGAUCGUGGCCGGGACCUGCGGCGCCUCAAGGCCACCAACGCCUCGUCGGCUGCUGCUGCUGCUUCCUCCUCCUCCUCCUCUUCCUCACCUGCCAGCGUGGGGAGACACGUGCGGAGCUACGAGCACCUCCGAGGAGACGUGCGCUGGAGGAAGCUCUAUUCCCACAACAAGUUCUUCCUCCGGAUCGAGAAGAACGGCAACGUCAGCGGCACCAAGAGGGACAACUGCCCCUUCAGCAUAAUGGCGAUAACAUCUGUGGACGUUGGAGUUGUGGCAGUUAGAUCUAUUAACAGCAACUAUUACCUAGCCAUGAACAAGAAUGGAAAAGUCUAUGGAUCUAGAGAGUUUAACAAUGACUGUAAACUAAAGGAGAGAAUAGAAGAAAAUGGAUACAAUACGUAUGCAUCAUCCUUUUGGAAGAAUAAUGGAAGGCAAAUGUUUGUGGCCUUGAAUGGAAAAGGAGCCACCAGGAAAGGACAGAAAACUAGGAGGAAAAACACCACCGGUCAUUUUCUCCCAAUUGUAGUCGAGCCACAGAUGAAGGACCUGUUCUAUUGAUAGCAGUUGAACCAAAGAUCAUUUGUCAGGAAUACUUGGUAAUCCUCUUGAAGAGGAAAGGCAGAAACAGUGCAGAUGUCUGCUUGAUUGAAAAGAGGGGGCAACCCUUUGAAGGUUUUGUACUCUUUGCUGGCACAUGAAGUACUUCUAAUUAGUUCUGUGUCAUAUCUUAUAAUCAAGACACAAGCUGGAUCAAAUGGGAUGGGAGCGCUUUCCAGUGUGAACAAAUUAUUAUUAUUAUUUUUAUUUUUUAUCUUGCCGAUAGAACUUAAAGGACAUGAGACAAUGUAUUGAAUGAUGUUCGGGGAAAGUUAUUUAUGGAAUACUAACUCAUAUCAAAGACCUUCAUUGCUCACUCAAGCCUAAUGAUCCAAUGAACAGUUAGGCAUGCAAGCAUUUACUGGAAGCACAUGGAUCAUAUGCAGAAAUAAAGAAGAUUCUGGAAUGGUCUCAUGGAAGAAAUGAAUAGGAUUAAGAAAUAUAAGCACAUUAGAGUAAAACUGUUCUAACAAAAUAAAUAGUAUGGUCUCCCCCUCCUUGUAUGCUAACGCCAUGCCUUUGUAUUUCUCCCUAAGUUAUUUAUUUAAUAGGAUGUUAAAUAUCUUUUUUCUCCCCCCUUUUUUUUUUGUUUGAAGGAUUUUCUCAGUUGCUUCCUGUUGCAUAAUUGUUCUUUUCCUUCUCUCAGUAUUUUAUACAAGAUUGAGCAAAUCAGAUGCUGAAAGCUCAGGCAAGUGUCCGAAAGUAGAGAAUGGAUAAGGGUUAAAGGAAAACGUAAGGUUGCAGUUUGUGUUUAAUCUUGGUUUU